UGAAAACGAAGAAGAAGAGAGCGCGGCGGUUCCGUGACCAUAGCAUCAGUUUCUAAUCUAUCGGUAUUUGACAGUUUAACUUUAAAGAAAGGAGAAAACAUUAUCCUUCCACACAAAGCCCAGAAUGUCGGAUAGGAAACCGUGUAAAGUGUGCAAUUUCACGCGACAGAAGUCAUAUGGGUUGGCAGUUCCGUCUCUGGAGGAGCUAAAGGCAAAAGGAGGUGAAUUUCUUGGCUUCAACUCCACUGAGCCGAUCACAGUGGUUCUGGAGGAUGAUGGGACGAUAGUAGAGGAUCAGGGCUACUUUAUGUGUUUACCGUUAAACACAAAGUUCAUGCUGCUGCAUGAGAAAGACACGUGGUCUCCAGUCCGCAAAAUGGAUGGUGGCACAGCCUGGAUGGCAAGGGACUCUGUGAUACUGGAGGAGGAUACUGUGGAUACUUCUAGUUCGGCAGCACCGUGGUGGGACUUGGCUCGGCAGCUGAGGCAGGACCUUACAAGUAUAAUCCUCAUGUCUGAGGAAAAUUUACAGUCCUUAGUGGAUGUCCCAUGUCCUGAACUCGCCUCUGCUCUGGGCUUCCAAGAGAAGAGGACAGCAGACCUCCAGGAGACACUGCAGGGUGUUCUGGACCGACGAGAAGAGGAGAGGCAGUCUAAGGAGUUGCUCCAGCUCUACCUCCAACAUGCGGAGAAAGAGGAUGGGGAAACAGGAGAGCAAAAUCAGCCCAGCCAAGAAGGAGCUGGAGACGUAGAUGUGAUAGAUGCAAUAGAGGUGGACUCUACAUCUGGAUUCAUGUACAGGACACUGAUGGUGCUGAAAGGCAAAACAAACCCAGAGACUAGACUCUCCACUGAAGACCUGCAGACAGUAGUGAGCAAAGGGGUGGACUCUAUGAUACCGGUGCUGGGCUGGGACAGAACAAGGACGUCUGCGCUGCUGACGGCCUGCGAAGCCGAGCUGGCCAAGCGUCUCCAGCAGGUUCAAGCAGUGCAGUCCAUCAGGAGCAACACACAGCCGGACAGCAGCCAGGAGAACAACGAGAAGAGUGAGGAGCAGAGCAAAGGAGCUCCGGCUUCUGAGGAAGGCAACUAGGCUGAGACUUCACCUGAGCAGAGACUGAUAAGAAUGACACUACCUGCCUCAGGGUUCGUGGGAUGGAAUUUUCCCUGGGUAACUGAUAUUAUCCAAAAUGCUGGAAUUUAUGAAUGUUAACAAUGUUGAUGUUUCAUUCACUUCGCUCAACUUGCAAACCACUGGAAUGCAUCAAGAGGGAUCAGGGUAAUUUGCAUAAGCCAUGUUGAUCAAAGACGUGCAGUUAUACCACUUGCAUCAAAUUUUUAUAGAUGUCUUGUUUUGAUGGAGCCAACCAACUUUGAAUAUUAUUAGAGACAAUCAUAUCCAUUUGAAACCAAGCAAAUAUGGAAAGAUGCCUAUUCCUUUUUUGAUAAUAGUACAAUGAGACUUAAGUAUAAAGCUGGAGCAGCAGCUUGCUAGAGUAGCUUAAUGUUAAGUCUGGAAAUCUUAAAAUUGUCCAAUCUGGCUCUGUCAGUGGUAAAAAUUCUGCCAGAAACCUCAUAUCUUCUUGCAGUAGUCUCUAGACUAGACUCCAGGAAGGUUGCACAAGAGAACUCCUAUGAAAAAAGACAUUAUAUUGACGAGAUAUUGUUUACUCCCUACAUGCCAACCUGUCUGUUUCCUGUGUUUCAGUCUGGUUGUCAAGCUGAGCCUCAACUCCAUAGGUAGCAGACGUCAAUGAAAGUGAUGAAAACUAUCAAAAAGGGGAAACACUACUAAAAGGUUCUAUAUAAAAUGUUACAUUCCAAGCAGCUUCCAGGUUAUAUUGUUUACACUCUGCUCACACUUAAACACAGCCUAUGAGGACAGAAGGUGUGCACUGUGCUAUAGCAUUAGACUGAAUAUGAGCAGGAAUAAUACUUUGAACUAGCUAGAGAAAGCAUGUGGAGCCUCAGCAUCUGGUGAUUUAAAGACCAAAUGUUUUGCAUCUUCUGGAAAUAAUUUGUAAUGCUAUCAUUGUUAGUGGAAUUUAGAAAGACGGUGUGUUCUUAUUUCAGUCUGCCUGCAACCAGGCUGAUCGUUUGCCUUGUAACAUGCUCCUACUUGUUCUAUUUCUAGGGAACUCCUGCAAAAAGAAAAAAAAAGUUCUACUUCUCAGGUGCCGUUCUGCUCAUUUUUUUAAAUAGUUUUUGCAGACCCUGUGAGUCAAGGAAUUCAUAACUUGUCACGGAAAUGCAAAAAAAUCUGAACAACUGACAGGUGACCUGGCAUGAAGACAGAAGCUGAAACUAUGAUACUGUCAGCAUGAGAGUAACAUGUUCUGUUAAACACCACCUGUGUGGUUGGAACACAUUAUGAGACUGUGCAGCACGAGUUUUGAGGAUCUUGCCUUUUUAUACAGAGUUAGAGCUUUUUUUCUUGUUUAAUUCAAUGCUAGCUGUAAAACAAACUUCCCCUCAGGGAUAAUAAAGUUAAGCUUGGGUUUGAACUCAAACAUGUUAAAGGUACAGUUGUGAUUUUAAUGUUUUGAUAAUCAAACUGGUAUGGCCAAACUUAAGUAAUAUAAUCUAUUGUUGUAUGUAUUGAGUAUAUACAGGAGACAUUCAGCAGUUAAAAACCAUACAGAAUACAUCAUCAGUUUUUUUAUGCAUAGAAUAUCUGCAAGUUUUCACGAGUAACUGAGCAUUUGAUAGAUGUACACAAAGUCAUUUAUCAUUCUGACAAUAAGGAGACAGAUGAGAUGUGUACCACUUCACUAAUGUAAGCCUCACUGAACACAUCAUCCUUGACAUUGUGGAUUAAAAUGUCUUCGUCUUUAAGAUAUACAAAGACUCAGUAUUUCUAAAUGAGAGCCCGUCAAAGAUCCUUUAUUAAAUACAUUUUUGAAGUUAUGUAUCAGUCUUGUGGCAGAGUGAUGUAAGUGUGUAUAGGUCUAUGUGACUCAUAGGUCAUGGAGGAGAUGGCCUUUGGCAUGCCUGUCAUCUGAUCUGUCUCUUGAACAAAUGAUACAAAGGAGUAGAAAUUUAAAUUUGCAGAAGGAUCACCUUUUCAUGUUUUGAUGAGAAUGACAUGUUAUGGCCGCCUUGUACUUUUUACAGGACAGAGUGGACUGUUCAUCAAGUUCUCCUCUUCCCUCUGUGUUGUGUCACAGACUUUAAGUUUGAGGAUGUCAGUUUAUCAGUAAGUAACCUGUUACUUUGCUGUUUUAUAACCUUGUAAGAAUUAACAUGCGAUUGCCAAAAUAACUUCACAAUGUGCGAUGAAUUAAAUCCAGUUCAACGAAUGUUAAAAUGAACGGUAUAUUUAAUUGUACAGUGUGAUUUACAGUACAUUUUAUAAACAUGUUGAAUGUUGUUAUAUGGGAUUUCCUAAAUUGAACUCAACCUCAGACGUUCAAGGCUGCUGUUGUUUUCUGAGACAUUAAGAAAAUAAUCCAUCAUCCUGCUGAUGUUCUCGUUAGGUUGACCUGGUUAGGUUGUUAAUUUUGUUGGCAUUUUAGGGACAUUUAUGAUUAAAAAUAAUUUCAAUCUGUUUCAUAGGUUGCUAAAAGAAAAAACUCCUAUCUGAAGCUUUAAUAAAUGUUAAAUGCACAUAGAAUUAAUCAAAAUACAAGUGUUCUGUAUUGAGAUGGACCAGAACUUCAAUUUCAGUUGACUGAAAAAAUGUCAUAAAAUACACCAUGAAAAUA